AAGACUAUUUGUUAACUGGUAUUCUUAUACGUUUGCAUCAACACUUAUUUUCCUGGAAGCAUUUAUGUGGUUAAUUUAAGGAACAAAAAGAACAACACCCCUCCUCUUUAUAUUGAAAGCGCUCCCUUCCUGGUCACACUUCAGUUACGGACACUGAAGAGCUGCAGUCAUCAACACAAUGAUGAACUUCACUAUGAGAACAGCUUUAAUGCUCUGCAGCCUCAGCUGGAUCUCUGUCUCAGUGUCUGAGUCUCAGACUGUGAAGGCUCAGCCUGGUCAAGAAGUCAAACUGCUGUGCCCAAAGAUUUUCACAUAUAAAACUGUGACGUUCUGGCUCAGAGUGGUCAACAGGACCAAUAUGAGCUGUAUCUCAGUUAUGUCCGGGUCUGACAGUAAAGCUGAAUACUGUGAUGGAUAUGAAGCUGGAAAUUUUGAAAUGAGCUCCAGCAGCUCUACUGUCUAUCUCAAAAUCAAACGAGUGGAUGUAUCUGACUCUGGACAGUAUUUCUGUGGAUUUUACACAAAUGGACGUGUAAAUUUCACUGAGUCUCAGUAUUUAAAGGUUGGAGGCAAUGAUGAGCCACAUGAUGACGAGGACAGCAAAUGUAAAGAAGAGAGUGGUGUGAUAAAGCUGACAUGUGUGAUCCUGGGUGCUCUGAGUGUUCUCCUUGUAAUGGUCAACACUGGUCUGCUUGUUCAAAACAGGAAACUUCAGACAGCUGAUAAAGAAGAACAGAAUCCACAGCAAAGUGAGACUCGUGUCUCUGAUGAUGUGAACUACGCAGCUGUGACUUUUCAAACAAAAACCAAGAGAAGAGAGCUGGAGACAAAUGUUGUUUAUGCUGCCACCAGAUAGACUCAGGAGGCAACUGGAACUGAUGCUGCAUCAUAUUACACAUUAUACAUUAUAUUAUGCUCUGGGCUUUGUACGGCUUGUUGGUGACAGGAAUAACUACUCUUAAAAUAAUAUAUGGAAGUUUGCAAUAAAGAGCUGAUGUUGAGC